AUGAAGAAUAAAUUUCUUCACUUUGAUUCACUCAAAAAUAUGAAUUUGGUCCCAGCCAAAAAGUUUUCAGACAAGAUAGCAGAAGCCUUCAAUAUUAAGAAUUAUAAGUUCAAGAAUAUGAAGUCUCCUCUUCAAAACAAUGAUAAAGAUUGUGGAGUUUAUCUCAUGGCAAUUAUGGAUGAAAUUGCCUCAACCAGAAAAAUUUCAGAUAACCUGAGAAAUAAAAUUACUCCUGAUUACAUUAAGAAGUUUAGAAUUGCUUUAAUGACUUGUAUUACUCAAAGCAAAGCAAAUUACAAUUGGGAAACAUAUUAUAAGAUGCUAGUUGAGUAG